AUGAUAUAGAAAUUUAAUCUAAAGUUAAGAUGUUAAAAAGAUGAUCAUAAUGAUGAGAUAGACAUAUUUUGUUAUAAUUAGUUUUGUAAAGAAUUCAGAUUAAGUUGUUUUGAAUGCAUUAAGAAUGGUUUCCAUCGUGCUCAUUUGAAUGACGUAGGAAAAUUAAAUAAUCUUGAAGAAUAUAUUGAAAACAAAAAUAAAGAAUGUGAUGAUUUGAUUGAUGAACUUAAUUAACUUGUAGAAAGCUUGAAUCAAUCAUUUUCUUUAUUGAAAUUUGGAAUUAGAAAUAAAUAUUCAGUUUUAAAGGAAAAAUUACUAAAUCUAAAUUAGUAAUAAAUAAAUGAUUUCUUGAAUUCAAUCAUCUAAUUUACCGAAUACAAAUAAUUAAUUACCACCAUCGUUUCAGAAUAGAUAAAGAAAUUAAAUAAUACAUUUAAUAAUUUAUAUGGGUAAUUAUAGUUAUCAUCAUUUAAUUAUUAAAUUUAAGAUAACAAUAUAAAACUAUCAAAAGAGUUUGAUGAAAGAGGUAAUUAUACCAUAAUGAUAUCAUAGGUUAUCAAUUAUAUAUGGAUGAUAAGUAUAACUAAGCCAUAGAGUUAUUUGAUAAAUCAAUAUAAUCUGAUCCUAAUAAUCAUUUUUCUUUAUAGUUGAAAGGUAAAAGUAAUAGAUUAUUAAUAGGCGAAUGCUUAAGAUAAUUAAAUCAAUUUGAGAACGCAAUUACUUGGCUGGAUAAAGCAUUAACUAUAAACCCUAAGCAUUUUGAUUCUUUAUUCAUCAAAGGUAAAUUUAUUGACAAUUAAAUUAAUAGGCGACUGUUUAAAAUUAUUGAAUCAAUUUGAGAAUGCAAUUACUUGGUUAGAUAAGGGAUUAGCUAUUAAUCCUUAGCAUUUUAAUUCUUUAUUCAUUAAAGGUAUAUUAAUUGAUAAUUAAAUUCAUAGGCGAAUGUUUAAAAUAAUUAGAUCAAUUUGAGAAUGCCAUCACUUGGUUGGAUAAAGCAUUAGUUAUUAAUCCUUUUCAUUUUGAUUCUUUAUUUAUUAAAGGUAGAUUGGUUGAUAAUAAAUUAAUAGGGGUAUGUUUAAAAUAAUUAAAUCAAUUUGAGAAUGCAAUCUUCUGGUUAAAUAAAGCAUUAACUAUCAAUCCUUCGCAUUUUGAUUCUUUAUUCAUUAAAGGUAGUUUGAUUUACUUUUAAAUUAAUAGGAGAAUCAUUAAAAUAAUUAAAUCAAUACGAGGAUGCCAUCACUUGGUUGGAUAAAGCAUUAGUCAUUAAUCCUUAGCAUUUUUAUUCUUUAUUCAUUAAAGGUAGAUUGGUUGAUAAUUAAACGGUUAGGAGUAUGUUUAAAAUAAUUAGAUCAAUUUGAAAAUGCAAUCAUUUGGUUAGAUAAAGGUUUAUCCAUAGAUCCUAAGCACGUUUGUUCCUUAAGCAUUAAAGGUAGUCUGAUUGAUAAUUAAAUUAAUAGGCGAAUGUUUAAGAGUAUUAAAACAAUAUGAGAAUGCGGAUUUAAACACAUAUAUACUGGUACAAGACUAAUACAAAUAUAAUGAACCACUUAUUGAUUAUGAAAAAUCUUUGAAGUUAGAACCCAAUGAUCAAUAAACAAAAACCUAAAUUAGUAUCCUUAACUUUUAAAAUUAGAUGUUUAAAAAGUAAAUGAGAAAUGA